GAUAAGAUGGACAAGAUAGAAACACUAACAUCAGAGAAUGCAAUUGUGGUUUUUAGCAAGAGCACAUGUUGCUUAUGUUAUGCUGUUACUAUUUUGUUCAAAGAACUUGGGGUUGAGCCACUGAUUCAUGAGCUGGACCAUGAUCCAGAAGGCUGGGAGAUUGAGAAGGCACUUGUGAACCAGGGUUGCAACUCCCCCCCUGUGCCAGCUGUGUUCAUAGGGGGUAAACUUGUUGGGUCCACUAAUGAGGUGAUGUCACUCCACCUUAGGGGUGCCCUCAUUCCACUCAUCAGGCCAUACCAGUCAUUGGCUUAGAUUAUCUACUCAUAAGUUGAAGAAAUAAGUUAAUUUGGAUCAAACUAGACCAUGACUAGUUUGCUUAUGUAGGUUUUAUCAGUGGAAGUAUGUUAAUUAGGUUAUAUGUUUUAUUGUAAUUUAUAUUAUCUAGGUACUCAACCUUACUAUUUGCAAUAGUUACAUGUUGAGAAAACAAUCUAAUUUAAGCAUUUAUGUAUUAUUAAACUUCUGUAUGAUCUUGAUGUAUGGUGUGAC